UUCUCAAUUGUGAGUGCACCUUUACCCGGUGUAGUACUAUCGUAGUGGGGACAAUAUAGGAAGCUGUCGGCGCAUUCUCGGACACAAUCGGCCACCGUCGCGGUCAAUGUUAAGAUGUCAAAGAUACUCUUACUUGUAUUGAGUGUGGUCGGGGCUAACGCGUGCUAUUACAAUGCCGAGUGUCACUACCAGCUGUUCGGCUCGAAGACUCCCUACGAUACUGUGAGGGGGGAUAUCAGGGAUCAUAACUCUUUACCAAACUGUCAGGCGGUGUCAUUGUGGACUCUCAACCGGCAUGGCAACAGGAACCCCGGCACCAGCGUCACCGCCGGCAUGCGGGAGAUGGCGCUCAUCAAGGACGAUAUAGUGCGCAGCUACUACGUCGGGAACAGCCAGCUGUGUGCCCAGGACAUAGAAAACUUCAACAAAUGGAUGUGGAACACCACUUUAGAACUAACCCAGUCGUAUCUCACGGGGACUGGUUACGAAGAACUCUAUGACAUCGGGAAGAGGAUCCGGGAGAAGUACCCUCACCUGGUGCAGGGAAAUCCUGAGGAGUUCUACUUCAGACCCACGAAUGAGCAGAGGACCAUCGUCAGCUGUGAUGCCUUCGCUCACGGGUUCACUGAUGGCACUAGCCUGAAUGUCACUGUGGAUGACCCUCGGCAGAGGGAUGAUGUUAUUAGGCCGUACGAGAACUGUGAUCGUUAUCAAGAGGAAGUCAAAGGUGGACAAUCUCUGGCAUAUCAAUUGGACACGUACUUCUUGUCUGCGCCAUAUGUUGCUAUCCAAAACGCGGUGCAGCAGCGACUUGGCAUCCCCAAAAACCUGACAGCUUCCAACGUGUUCGCGAUCUAUGAGUUGUGUCGGUUCUUCCGCUCAUGGUCCAACAACCUGCAGUCUCCGUGGUGCUCACCCUUCACCGACGAGGAUCUCCUGGUGCUUGAGUACUAUGAUGAUGUCAGGCAUUACCAUAGAAAUGGAUACGGUUCUUGGGUCAACGAGCACCUCGGCCGUUUUCCACUAAAAGACUUAUACGAGAACCUUGAGGCUUACGUCCGUGGUGGCGGUAGGAAGGUGGUCUCCUACUUCACCCAUGACACCAUGAUGGAGAUGGUUUUCUCUGCCCUGGGCCUGUACAAGGAGGACACCCCUCUGAGCAGUCUUAUCAUGGACCCUGACAGAGUAUGGAGGACCAGCCACAUUGGAGCCUUCUCUGUCAAUAUCAUUGCUGUGUUGAGCAGCUGCCACGAAUCCGAAGGCCAGUCCUACCGUGUCCAAAUUUUCAUCAACGAGAAAGUGUCUCCUAUAUGUCCUCCCGAAGGCUGCUCGUGGCAGGAGUUCAAGGACAAGUUCCAGCAUUUCACCAACUCAAGCCUCGACUUCUGCAGCAUGGACUACGUUCAUGAAACAGGGAACGAACCCUCCACCAACAGCGCUUCCCCCAUCAGAGGAUUCUGGAGCUGGUAGCCGUAGAAGCUAGUGUAACAAAGUAUUAUUAUAAGGGAAUCGUACAUUUGGAUAUUCUGUGAUAUGUCCUGAUAUGUAAACCGCAAGGGCUUUAUUUGUACGAAGCUGAUAAAUCUCUUGAGAGACAGAAGAAAAACAAGCGUUGAGAAACUAAAAUCUAUCUACCAAAAAAAUAAUAAACUUAUUGCAGAUGCCACAGUUCCUAAGAAUAGCUCCGAUUCCAAAACUGAUAUUGAAAACAAUAUCGACAAGUAACCGUUCUAGAUUUCCACUAAAGAUGAAACGAGCUGUUUAUUUAAACGCAGAAUGAAUGCGAUUACAAGAACAGUAUUGGAUAUUUAUAUUGACCAGAUGUAUCAGAGCGAUCCUAUUGUAGCUGAGAUAAUAAAGUGAAUAAUGAAUUCCUGGAUAGUGAAAAAUCUUAUAAACUGUGAAUCAGACGAAUGCAGGAACAUGGAAAUUAGAACUUAUCUUAACUGCAAAGUUAUUGGUUUAGAAUUCGUGGUCCUUUUUAUCUAGAACGACCUGAAAUAGUUUCAGUUUAAUUCUCAAAUGAUGAAAGUUUAAUACUAUAGUUCUCCUUAGCAGCUAUUGAAUCUAAGUAAUUCGCCUUUUAAAAUCAGAUAAGGAGGCAAUCAAUUUUGAAAUAUUUUUUGAUCUCAAUGUUUGUUUCACCUUAAAAAUGUGUGGUUGUGCAGAAGAAUACUGGAUAGCCAAUACCUGCUUAAUUUUAAGAUACUGUUGUAGUAAGUUAUUUAUUAAAUAAAUGUAUUAUUUAUUGA